AUGUUUACCUUCAUUCCUAGAACGUCUGAGGUGGAUCAGUGGGAACGUCCCCGGUCUGAAUUCCAACUCUGGAGGAAGAUGGGCGAAGGAUGUUUUGGAGAAGUGUGGGAAGGAAUGUGGAAGAACACAGUGCCUGUGGCCAUCAAAAUUAUGAAACAAGCUGACAUGAGGGAUGACUUUGUCAAGGAGAUCAGGAACUUGAAAAGUCUGAAACACACAAGGCUCAUCAAACUUCUGGCCGUCUGCUCUGUGGGGGAGCCCGUUUACAUUGUGACAGAGCUGAUGCGGAAGGGCAACCUCCAUAGCUACCUCAACAGUCUCAAGUUUGAGAACGCUUUGCAAAUGUAUCGGGACUACAUUUCCCAAAAUUCCCUAGCCAAAAAUAAGCUGCUCGGAUUCCUGGGAGUUGCAGUUCAGAUACAUCUGGAAGAUACCAAGUGGGAAAAGCUGGGGGGAGAUAUCAAGUGA